GGGGAGUGAAAGAUGAAAAGGAGGAAGAAAAUGGAGGAAGGAGUGGGGAGUGGGGGAGUGAGGAGUGAGGAGGAAAGGAGAAACAGGAAGCUGAAGAAAAUUGAAAAUGCUAGAAGAAUGGGGGAGUGAAGUAAGUGGGUGCGCGUUGUAAGCAAGGCGCACGUUAGCCCCUUCCCCCACCAAAUGGGUGGUGCCCUCCUCGUCCUAUCCUGUCCACAUCUCAAAACCAGCCGCACACCCCAACCCACCACCACCCACUAUGUUACCAUUACCAACCACUCUCUCUCUACCCUUUUCACGCUCUCUCUCCAAUGGCUUCCCCCACCCCUCCCUCUCCCUCAGAUCCUCCCUCCGCCGUUCCCCUCGCCCUUCCCGUCGCCGCACCACCCUCCUCCCGCCGCCUUCCUCCGCCCUGCUGGUCCCCCGACGAAACCCUCGCCCUCAUCGACGCCUACCGCGACAAGUGGUACUCCCUCGCCCGCGGUAACCUCAAAGCCACCCACUGGCAAGAGGUCGCCGACGCCGUCGCCCACCGUUGCCCCAACGCUUCCCCUCCUAAAACGCCCGUUCAGUGCCGCCACAAGAUGGAGAAGCUCCGCAAGCGCUACCGCACCGAGAUCCAGCGUGCUCGCUCCCUCCCCCUCUCUCGCUUCAACUCCUCCUGGGUCCACUUCAAACUCAUGGAUUCCAUGGAGAAAGGUCCCUCCCCUGUCAAACCCCAAAACGAUUCUGACAGUGCCGACGACGACGACGACGAUCACGAUCCCUUUCAGGAUAUCCACAACAACAACGCUGGUCAUGGAUCUAACACGAGGAGCUUAAACAAGUUGUAUAGGAACGGGUUUGGGGGUUCUGGUGGCCCUGGGUUUAGGAUUCGAAUUCCCACUGCGCCCAAGAUGUUUCCGAAUCAGAAAUUUAACCCUAAUUUGAAUCAAAACCCUGCCUCUAAUUUUGGGGCGAAGAAGAGGGACCCCGUGGGUGAAGUGGUGUCUGCGAUUAAGGUUCUUGGAGACGGCUUCGUGAGGAUGGAACAGAUGAAGAUGGAGAUGGCGAGGGAGAUUGAGACCAUGCGGAUGGAGAUGGAAAUGAAGCGCACUGAGAUGAUUCUCGACUCUCAACACCGAAUCCUCGAGGCCUUCGCUAAGGCCCUUUCUGACAACAACAAGAAGCCUAAGACUGUCCCUUCUCCCCAACAACCUUAAACAACAGUAACGCCAAUGCCGAUCGUAGUUUCUGGUGCUUUUCUAGUUUGUUUAGAUAUACUUCUCUUUUUGUAAUUUUUAAGGUUAGAUGCGGAGAUUUCCAAGUUCAUCAGUUCUAGGUUGAUGAUUCAUUUCGUACUCUUCAUUUUCCUGCUUUCCUUUUUAUCUUCAAAUAAAACUGCAGAACAGAAUCUGAAUCUCUUGCCACAAUAGUUUCUGUGCUUUGGAUUUGUUACGAGUAACAAAGAGAGUUAGUGGUUAAAUUUUCCCGCAUAUAUUUAUGCCAUUGCCUUGUUUUAAGUAUUUGUGGUGGGAUGUAUAUAGUCUUGCCAGAUGCAUAUCCUCAAGUUAUUCUUAUU